GGGGCAGUUCACCCGACGACGAUGGCGCGGACAAAGAAGUGCUGUGGGAUAUUCACAUGGUGUCAAAAUGUGUCAAGAACGCAGGGCCUGCCCUGAUGGCGCACAGUGAUGCGGUGCUGUCAGUUGUGCGUGACACCAUUGACUCGCCCAUCAAAGCCGUGGCUAAGGUGUCGUUUAAGUUGCUCAAGAGUAUACUGCACUCUCUGUCAGCUGAGUACCCGGUUGAUCACAGGUCAUACUCUCCCGCUCAGCAAGAGUCUCGGGUGGGUCUGAGUGAGUGGGGAACAUCGCCCGACUAUCAGUCACUGGAAAUGCAAUGGCACACACCCAACAGUGACGAACUCACGAUGGCUAACGCAAUCCUCACAGAAUUCAUGGCCCCAGCCAUGGACCGCCUCGCCAAACGCGCACUCACCUAUCGCACUGGAGAUCAUAGUGAAUGGAACACAGCAGCUGAACGGCUUGAGCUGUGGAGAGAUCUGCACAUCAUCAGGCGAUGCAAAGCAGGUGCUGACUCUCUCUAUACCGCAACCGCCUUGGCGGUGGUUCCGGAUGAGAACGAUGCCGUGGCCAUGAGCUACGGCGACGUCCCCGACGCCAUGACCGAAGACACGCCCCACAACACCAACACACACACACAAACACACACAUACACAGCACCAGCUACCACCCACAGUCACACAGACACCUAUCGCACAGGCACAACACACAGCACAGUGCCUAUGCCACGGCGUCUGUGCAUCACCUGCACGCCACUCACAGUGCCACUGCCUGUGGCUGUGGGGGCCACUGAGCUGCAACGGUUAAUGGUGGAUGUGUGUGAGACGAUGCUGACCACACACGCGGAUGAGGUGACACUGCUGUGUCUGUUGUCGAAGACGCUGCACGCCGUUACUAUCCACGACCUCAAGCUGUCCACACGACUGUACGAGCAGAAGAAGAUCUAUCAGGCCAUGAAGGUCACGUGUUCUAACCCUUUGGCGCCGCAAUCGGCCACUCGGCUGAUGGUGAUGAAGAGAGUGCACAUUCUGUAUCUCACCAGACGAGGAAGAGACCGCUCCGCCAUCACAUACACUCACCUGCACUACCAUCUGUUACACUGUAUGGCGCUGAUGUCCACGACACAUUAUAUCAAAGUGCGUAAAGCGGCGCAGAAGGCAUUCAAUUCAGCUGUGCGCUUCUACGCUCGUGCUAAGUACGAUCUCUUCCCUGUGUUGCUACAGACCUUAGCACAUCCAAACACCCCCCUGCAGCGUCUCUCGCACAAAUCUUCUGCGCAACGGCGACUGCUGUCGCAGUCACAACCAGCGGACAGUACGAUACAAAAUCAGCCGACGAACCCAUACACACACCCCAAUGAGUCAUCACCAACACAGUUAGAUACAGACAUACCCACACCCACACCUACGCAUACACAUACGCACACCGAUGGGGCUGUGGCCUCUGAUGCAGCGGCUCCUAUGGACGGGAUAAGUGCGGGUGACGAAGUGACGGCGGAUGGUCACGACUGUGUUGUCAAGGGUGGUGCUACGCUGUUGAACCUGCGCAUCUUUGGGCGAAUGAUGAUCAGAGACUUCACGCGCAUGCGACAGGCCCUGACGGCUAUGUGCGGGUCUCAGAACGAGGACAAGGCCUCCAUUCAAACAAUGAUCUCCAAACUGUUUGUGCAGAUGGCUGUGCAGUACUGUACGCUGUCGCUCGACAACUCAGUCCCCGACACCGUACGCGUGGCUGCAGAAGACAUUCGUACGCAACCGCUGAGCGAUGACAUCAUUGCGCACGGACUAGUCAAGGCACGCGAAGCCAAUGCAAGAAUACUGGAAAGUUAUCGUGAGUUGCUUAAUACCCUUGUGCUACUCCUCCGUGGUGGUACGCUUCAUUGGCGAUACGAGCUGAUCAUGUCGUCGUGUCUGGUGAUGCUGUUGCGCACAGAUGAGCAGCCGCCAGUGGAUGUGGUAGAGUGGUACUUGGAUGGUUGCAUCAGUGACAUGAUUGUUCUGAGACGCGUGGCCCUUAAUGCGCUGGAGACGAUACUUUACUGCCAACGCCGAAAGGUCACGAACAAACAUUGGGGCACAUUCUCAGAACCUCAGGCACUCCAAAGGCGAGAGCGAAUGUUUGACCCAGAACACGCACCUAGAUCUGAAGAAGAGUACCAGCGCACAGUGUUUGUGGACAAGAAUUGGGCUGGAUGGCAGACCUCGACCCUGGGAGUGCCCUAUUAUUUGGGUGCAGAGGGUCCUUAUGCUGGAGUGCGCACUGAUGCGGAGGAGGCGAUUCGAAAGCGCUUCUCGGACGAGCACUAUGUGGAAAAGUUCAUCGCCGCUCUAGAUCAGGAGGAAGUAUCACUGGACGAAGGCACUCCCGAGUCAGAACAGCGUCUCAAAACAGUACUGACGUGGCUCACGCUGCAGUUCCACUCGGGGUGUGUCUACGCACUGCUAGAGAGCAUCCCUCUCAUCAUGGAGACGCUGUUGACAGUCAUGGACCAAGGCCACGACGAAAAGGUACUCAUCCUGGCCAAAAGCUGCAUCCACUACAUAGCCAACACCAAGUACAUGCCGAAGGACUUAGCCGUGGUAGUACACACGCUGUGUGACCAGGCACAGGCGCACAAGUGGCGAUCGCGACUGAGCAUUGUGCAUACGCUGCAGUCGCUGGUGUUCCGCAAUCUGUUCCACUUAGACCAGACGCUGCUGGAUCGUGUGGUGGGGGUGUUGCUGACACAGCUACUGAUUGAUGUGCAGGUGGAGGUCAGGUCUGCUGCGGCCGAUACCAUUGGCGGAUUACUAAGGUGUGACGGGCGAAUGAAGGUGGAUGAGCUCAACCAAAAGUUCGGAGAAAUGGCCGACACACCCUUACCCAAACGCAACCUCAACGGCACCAACGGAAACAGUAGCAGCGCCUCACUCAGCACAAUGACCCAAACCACUCGAUCCAACAGCAGUCAGUCGCUGCACAGUGCCGGCGGUGGAGGGGUACGGUCCCUUGACUUCAUCACCCGGCAUGGGGGGGUGUUGGGAAUGUCGGCGUGCAUACUGGCGUAUCCCUAUAAACUGCCAGCCUUUGUGCCCGAGUUGUUGUGUGAGCUUGGAGACCACAUUGCUGACCCCGAACCCAUCCGAAGCACAGUCAAAACAACGCUAUCGGACUUCCGGCGGACACAUCAGGACAACUGGCACACACUUAAAAGCCAAUUUACUGACGACCAGUUGUCUGUAUUAACUGAUAUGCUGGUUUCCCCUAGUUAUUACGCAUAGGUCGCCCCAAAUAAAUAAAUUAAAUUAAAAGCUAA